AUUGGAACCACAACAAAAAUCAUAACCUUACGUCUUUACAGUUUAGCCAGUUAGAUAAAAAUAAUAAAGAUUUUAACAAAUAUGAAUCGAAUUACAACAAAUUUAUUAUUACGUAAUAAUUUAUUCCAAAUCAGUAAACUUUAUGAGAGUACUAAGACAUCACAGAAUAUUAAAAAAUUGGUGGAAAAUAAUAAAGUCGUAGUAUUUAUGAAAGGUGUCCCAGAACAACCUCGAUGUGGUUUCAGUAAUGCUGUUGUACAAAUUUUACGAAUGCAUGGAGUAAAGUACGAUGCACAUGAUGUUUUAUCAGAUGAAAGUCUAAGGCAAGGUAUCAAAGAUUAUUCACAGUGGCCGACAAUUCCUCAAGUUUUUAUCAAUGGAGAAUUUGUUGGCGGCUGCGAUAUAAUGCUUCAAAUGCAUCAAUCUGGUGAUCUUAUUGAGCAGUUAGAAAAAGCUGGAAUUCGAAGUGCAUUAUUAGACGUAGAGAAAGUAGAAAAAACAACGAAAGGCGACAAAGAUAGUAAAUAAGUUAUUCAUUUUAGACUAUGCAAUUUUUGUGAUGUAAUUAAAGAUGUAAUUUAUGUUUAUCAAUGUAUAAAGUAUAUUGACAUUAAAACGAUGUUUUGA